CGUUUUUCCGUGCUUAGUAGUGGUCGGACGGUCGUCGCGGGUAAACUCACAUUUUGCAAUCAGCUGCCGUGUGGAUUUAGAGCCUGUGUUUUACCACACAUUGAACCGCCGCGCAAGAAAAAAAAAACGAUGUGGUUCCUGUUGUCCCUCGUGGCAGCUGCAUGUUUGGCGUGGGCGAUCUACCGAAAGUUCGCAAGAACUUUGGAAAUAUCCGGGCAGCAUACGGGACCACCAGCGUUACCGAUCCUGGGGAAUGGGCUGUGGUUCCUCAACAAGCAACCCGAUGAAUUUUUACCGAUCAUCCAGCGUCUUACCGAUGAAUAUGGUGAUGUAUUCCGUUUUUGGCAAGGACCAGAAUUCACAUUAUAUGUGGGUAGACCAUCCAUGAUUGAAACCCUCCUAACGGACAAGAAUUUGACGGACAAGUCCGGCGAGUACGGCUACCUCUCCAACUGGCUCGGCGAUGGCCUAUUGCUAAGUAAACGAAACAAAUGGCAUGCCCGACGGAAAGCCAUCACUCCGGCGUUUCACUUUAAGAUCCUGGAACAGUUUGUGGAUGUGUUCGAUCGAAACGCGUCUGAACUGGUGGACGUCCUUGGGAAGCAUGCCGACAGCGGAGAAGUGUUUGACAUUUUCCCACAUGUCCUGCUCUACGCUUUGGAUGUGAUCUGUGAAAGUGCAAUGGGAACGUCCGUGAACGCACUUCGGAAUGCCGAUUCCGAAUACGUUCGAGCAGUCAAGGAAGCGGCCAACGUUUCGAUCAAAAGAAUGUUUGAUUUCAUUCGACGCACUCCUCUUUUCUACCUUACUCCGAGCUAUCAACAACUGAGAAAAUCUCUGAAGGUCCUUCAUGGGUACACGGAUAACGUGAUAACAUCGCGUCGGAAGCAACUAAGCAAUAGCUCCAACAAAAAUCACAAGGAUUCAGAUGACUUCGGAUUCAGGCGAAAGGAAGCGUUUCUUGAUAUGCUUCUGAAAACGAAUAUCAACGGAAAACCGCUGACCGAUCUGGAGAUCAGAGAAGAAGUGGAUACUUUCAUGUUUGAAGGUCAUGACACAACCACCUCGGCUGUGGUCUUCACGCUGUUAAAUCUGGCCAAACAUCCCGCAAUACAGCAGAAAGUCUACGACGAGAUUGAAUCCGUUAUAGGAAACGAUCUUCAAAAGCCAAUAGAGUUGUCCGAUUUGCACGACCUUUCGUAUCUGGAAAUGGUGAUCAAAGAAACCCUACGCCUGUACCCAUCGGUACCACUGAUCGGUCGGAGGUGCGUCGAAGAGACUACCAUCGAAGGCAAGACGAUUCCGGCCGGAGCGAACAUCAUCGUCGGUGUGUUCUUCAUGGGACGGGAUCCGAACUAUUUUGAGAAGCCGCUAGAUUUCAUCCCGGAACGGUUCUCUGGAGAGAAAUCUGUGGAAAAGUUCAACCCCUACAAAUACAUCCCGUUCAGUGCCGGUCCUCGGAACUGUAUUGGCCAAAAAUUCGCUCUCAACGAAAUGAAAAGUGUGAUAUCGAAACUUUUGCGCCACUACGAGUUCAUCUUACCGGCAGGCAGCCCCGCUGAACCUCUGCUAGCAUCUGAGUUGAUUCUGAAACCUCAUCAUGGAGUCCCACUACAGAUCAGACGCAGAGGCCACUAGGUGCAACUAGUUGGCCCUUCACCGGGAAGGGUCAUCGACCCAUGUGACUGCUUACACAUGUAUGUGUAUAACAUACUUAUAAUAUAGAACUAAUGUCUAUAAUGUGAUAGAACGAUACAAUUCUGUGAAAGAUCCUACUCCAAUAAAAACGUUCAAACUCGA